AUGGCAUCGGCCACGACAUCUGGGGCCUCGACCAGGCGUACUACGCGUCAGGCUACCCUGAAGCGUACCAUCACGGCCACGACCGACUCUGAGUCGUCUGCUGGCGUCUCGCCCUCGGACUCACCCCGUGCCUCAGCCUCGUCGACCUCUCUGUCGUCCAUGUCGUCCGUCGACGACGCCGCCGACAAGCAGGUCAAGAGCGAGUCUAGGGAGGGCAACUCCGAGUACGACAACCUCAUCGACACCUACGGCAACCAGUUCACGCCCCCCGACUACACCAUCAAGGAUAUCCGAGAUGCCAUUCCCGCCCACUGCUUCGAGCGCUCCGCCCUGCUGGGAUGGGGCUACAUCCUGCGCGACAUGGCCUGCCUCGCCACCACCUUCUACCUGUGCCACAACUACGUGACCCCCGAGUACAUCCCCAGCCUGCCCGUUCGCGCCGUCCUGUGGGGUCUGUAUACUGUUCUCCAGGGCCUGUUCGGCACCGGUCUCUGGGUCAUUGCCCACGAGUGCGGCCACGGCGCCUUCUCGGACUCGAACCGCAUCAACGACUUCACCGGCUGGCUGCUUCACUCGGCCCUCUUCGUCCCCUACUUCAGCUGGAAGUACUCCCACAGUGCCCACCACAAGGCCACCGGACACAUGGAGCGCGAGAUGGUCUUCCUGCCCCGCACCCGCGAGCAGUACGCCUCCCGCGUCGGCAAGCUCGUCCACGAGCUCGGCGAGCUCACCGAGGAGACGCCCGUAUUCACUCUCACUAUGCUCCUCCUGCAGCAGCUCGUCGGAUGGCCCAACUACCUCCUCACCAACAUUACCGGCCACAACUUCCACGAGCGUCAGCGCGAGGGUCGCGGCAAGGGCAAGAAGAACGGCUUGGGUGGCGGCGUCAACCACUUUUACCCCUCCAGCCCCCUGUUCACCGAGGCUCAGGCUCAGGCCAUCGUCCUCAGUGAUGUUGGAAUCGCCCUGAACGCUGCCGUUCAGAUCUACCUCGGAAAGACGUUUGGCUGGUCCAACACGCUCGUCUGGUUCUGGAUUCCCUGGCUCUGGGUGAACCAUUGGCUUGUUGCCAUCACCUUUCUCCAGCACACGGAUCCCAGCCUCCCGCACUACCAGCCCGGCGAGUGGAACUUUGUGCGGGGCGCCGCCGCCACGAUCGACCGCGAGAUGGGCUUUGUCGGCCGCCACCUGCUGCACGGCAUUGUCGAGACGCACGUUCUGCACCACUACAUCAGCUCCAUCCCCUUCUACCACGCCGACGAGGCCAGCGAAGCCAUCAAGCCCGUCAUGGGCAAGCACUACCGCGCCGACACGGAGGGAGGACCCCUCGGCUUCCUGCGCGCGCUGUACAGGUGUGCCCGCAUGUGCCAGUGGGUCGAGCCCAGCGCGGACGCCAAGGGUGCCGGAAAGGGCGUCCUGUUCUACCGCAACCGCAACGGUCUCGGUACCAAGCCUGCGCCCAUGGAGGCACCUCGGUAG